ACGUCGGUGACGCCUGGGUGCGCGAGGACGUGAGGUUUCUGAGAGUGCGCAGUGCGUGCGUCGGCGGCGACCCUUCGGCCUUUUUCGGGAGGGGGCGACGCUGAGAUGGGGGCGGCGGCAGCCGAAGCUGAUCGCACUCUCUUUGUGGGCAACCUUGAAACGAAAGUGACAGAGGAGCUCCUCUUCGAGCUUUUCCACCAGGCUGGUCCAGUAAUUAAAGUGAAAAUUCCAAAAGACAAGGAUGGUAAACCGAAGCAGUUUGCGUUUGUGAAUUUCAAACAUGAAGUAUCUGUUCCUUACGCUAUGAAUCUGCUUAAUGGAAUCAAACUUUUUGGAAGGCCUAUCAAGAUUCAGUUUAGAUCAGGAAGUAGCCAUGCCUCACAGGAGGUCAGUUUGUCAUAUCCCCAGCAUCAUGUUGGAAAUUCAAGCCCUACUUCCACAUCUCCUAGCAGGACGGUGGAUAACAUGACUCCAUCAUCACAGACAAUUCAAAGAUCUUUCUCAUCCUCAGAAAAUUUUCAGAGACAAGCAGUGAUGAACAGUGUUUUGAGACAGAUGUCAUAUGGAGGGAAAUUUGGUUCUCCACAUCUGGAUCAGUCAGGAUUUUCCCCAUCAGUUCAGUCACAUAAUCAUACUUUUAACCAGUCUUCAAGCUCCCAGUGGCGCCAAGAUACACCAUCAUCACAGAGAAAAGUCAGACUGAAUUCUUAUCCCUAUGUGAUGGAUAGACAUUACAGCCGUGAACAGCGUUACAGUGAUCUCUCUGACCAUCAUUACAGAGGAAACAGAGACGAUUUUUUCUAUGAAGACAGGAAUCACGAUGGCUGGAGCCAUGACUAUGAUAACAGAAGAGACAGUGGUAGAAAUGGAAAAUGGCGCUCAUCUCGACACUAACAAGUGUUAUAAGGAUUUUCAUAGGGUCAUUUUAGGUCCUUUUUUUGUUUCUGAGAAUGUUUUCUUAAAAAACUAUACAGCAGCUUUACAAGUUGCCACAAUUUCUUUGUAAAAAUUUUAAAACCCAGUAGCAAUUCAAUACAGACAUGAGAAGAAUUGUGGUUCUAGUUUUAUUACAUUCAUAGCCUUUCACCUCAGGGUUUUAAAAAGAGGAAAGGGUUUUAUGCAAAAGAAGUGCCACAAUUCCUAAUCAUUUUAGACAAUUGAGUAAAGGAUGUAUUAUAUGGAUUAGUUGUAUUAUGAAGAAAAUAUUUUAAUUAUCUUAUUUUUUUGUAUUGCAAGAAGCUUCUUGUUGGUGAAUCAGAUUUUUGGUGUAUUAUAGUGAAAAAUUUUCAAGUUGAUCAUCAGAAUUGACUCAGUAUUUUGUUAAUAAAUGAGAAAAUGUUU